UAAUUAUUGGAGGCAGCCUUGCUAUCAAUUUGACCCAAUGAUAUAAAAAAUUUAGAUGUUUUUUUAUCUGAUACGUACGUUCCACAUCUCGUAUAUAUAUGCUAUAUACUUCCCAAACUUAUAACCACUUAAUAACGAGAUCUAAACAAAGAAAACCGUUUGAAAGAAAAAAAAGUGAAAAUGGAGUUUCAAACUAGCUUCUUUUCUGAAAACCAAAGUCAAGACUCUUCUACAACAACAUCAUGGAGCUCACAAGAAUCGUUCUUGUGGGAAGAUAAUUUAUUACAUGAUCAAUCCUUCCUCUCAGUUAGCCCUUCCUAUUACUUUGAUGACUUCUCCACAUUUGAAGAAUCAAUCAUCAAAGAAGAAGAAGGUGCAACCGUUGCUGCCAACAAGCAGGAGGAGGAGAGAUCAUACAGAGGAGUGAGGAAGAGGCCGUGGGGGAAAUACGCAGCGGAGAUAAGAGACUCAUCGAGGAAAGGUAUAAGAGUGUGGCUCGGUACGUUCGACACUGCGGAAGAGGCGGCUCUCGCUUAUGAUCAGGCGGCUUUUGCUUUGAAAGGCCACCUCGCAGUACUCAACUUCCCCGUUGAAGUUGUUAAGGAGUCUCUCUGGAACAUGGAGAAUGUGAAUUUCAACGAUGGAGAGUCUCCGGUGAUAGCUUUGAAGAGAAAACACUCCAUGAGAAACCGGCCUAGAGGAAAGAAGAAGUCUUCUCCUUCUUCUUCGUCUUCUUGUUCCUCGUACUCUUCUUCUUCUUCGUCUUACUCUUCUUCUUUGUCGUCAAGAAAUAGAGAACAGAGUAUUGUUACGGAUCAAGAAACAGAGGUUGUGGUUUUUGAGGAUUUGGGUGCUGAAUACUUAGAAGAGCUUAUGAGAUUAUGUUCAUGAUCAUCACUACUUCCACUAUUUCAUGAAAUUUGAGUGAGCUCUGUUUGUUUUUUUAAAUAUAGUUUAUUGUUGUUCAA